AGGCCGCGCCGCGGGGACCACCGAGAUGGGCUGCUUCCGGACGGCCUAGAGGGGCGUUCGACGCCCGUGCUCGGUUUCGUAUCGGCUUUCGGAGACUCACCUCUUGGGGUUUUGAGGGGAACAGGCUUGGUUCAGGCGAGUUCUUCCUGCUAGUCUCUUCCGGCGCCAGCUUCCUCGCUUUCCUUAGCGCUUUUAAGGUUCUUGCUCUUCCAAACCCAGAAGACAGUGCACGGAGCCAGGGAACAUCAGCCAUGCUCCAAACCACUUGGCCUCAGGUUUUUGUGUGGACGUAAGUUUUCAACUCAUUGGGAAGAUACCGAGGAGCAUGAUUGCUGGAUCAUAUGGAGCCAGUGACCUUUGAGGAUGUGGCCGUGUACUUUACCCAGAACCAGUGGGCCAGCCUGGAGCCUGUGCAGAAGGCCCUGUACAGGGAGGUGAUGCUGGAGAAUUAUGCAAAUGUGGCUUCCCUGGAAGCACUUCCAUUCCCUACACCUGUUCUGAUCUCCCAGCUGGAGAGAGGGGAAGCACCAUGGGGCCCAGAUCCCUGGGAAGCAGAGAUUUUGAGAGGCAUCUGUCCAGGUGGUGAGUCCUGGACUAAGACAGAAGAGCCAGUGGUAAAGCAGGAAGCCCCUGAAGAAACAGAGGUGCACAGCAUGCCAGUGGGAGGGCUUUUCAGAAAUGUGUCUCAGCACUUUGAUUUUAAAAGCAAGGCACCAUGGCAGACUUUCAGUCUGAAUCCCAAUCUAAUACUUCGAGGUGGAAUGAAGUUCUACGAGUGUAAAGAAUGUGGGAAGAUCUUCAGAUAUAACUCAAAGCUCAUUCGGCAUCAGAUGAGCCACACUGGGGAGAAGCCCUUCAAAUGUAAGGAAUGUGGCAAAGCUUUCAAGUCCAGCUAUGACUGUAUCGUACACGAGAAAAAUCACAUUGGCGCAGGACCCUAUGAAUGCAAGGAGUGUGGCAAAGGUCUGAGCUCCAACACAGCCUUGACCCAGCAUCAGCGGAUCCACACGGGCGAGAAGCCCUAUGAGUGUAAGGAGUGCGGCAAGGCCUUCCGUCGGAGCGCAGCCUACCUUCAGCAUCACAGGCUACACACUGGGGAGAAACUCUAUAAAUGUAAGGAAUGUUGGAAAGCUUUUGGGUGUAGGUCACUCUUUAUCGCCCACCAGAGAAUUCACACCGGGGAGAAACCCUACCAGUGUAAGGAGUGUGGCAAGGCGUUCACCCAGAAGAUUGCUUCCAUUCAACAUCAGAGAGUUCACACCGGAGAGAAGCCUUAUGAGUGUCAGGCAUGUGGGAAAGCCUUCAAGUGGUACGGCAGCUUUGUUCAGCAUCAGAAAUUGCACCCCGUGGAGAAGAAGCCUGGCAAGGCUCUCGGGCCGUCCCUGCUGUGUCCCCAGGGCCCCUCUUCAGCCUUAGCUAACAUGCCUUUCCAGGGCCCUUGCUCUGCUCCGGCUGUGGCCAUGCCUUCACUGGCCUUGCCACACGCCGUCCUCAUUCCUGCCUCCAGGCCCGUGUUAAUGCUGCUGCCCGCCUCUGGAGUCCCUUCUUCUCCUGUCCAAAUAGUACGAGUCUUCCAGGGUCUUCCUCCCACUGUGAAGCCUUCCCCAGUUAUUCUGACCCCUUCUCUUCACCCCUCGUGAGCUCUGUCUUGGCACUUCUCUGGCUGUUACACACAGCAGAUCUCCAACCUAACUUAAGCUUGAUUUGUGGCUUUUACACCGUACAUGUGUUACAGCUGUUUCGGCAUAAGUGCCAUUGUAAUCGAGAUAUAUUUAAAGACUGUGCUUGUAUGAUAUUUCUGUUUAUUUCUGGGUAGAAAAUGGAAAUACUUGACCUUCAUUUUGGUCCCUUUCAGACUUGAACAGUAACGGCUGUGUCUGCAUUGUGGGGCUGCUGGUGGUCGAAGUGCUAAUAGGACGCUUUGGUGAAUUAGGGACGUUUGAGAGAGAGGACAUCCCUGUAUUAGGCCCCUGUGAUUAGAGAGAAGCAGCCUGGGAGAAACAGAGGAGGCAUUUAAGACCUGUCAGAGUUGAGAAUUGGAAUGAGCUUCCAACCAUGGCCUUUAGAAAUGAAUGCAGAUUGUUCAGUGGGUGAAGGUGUGGUGUAUUCAUGCAGUUGAAGUUGGGUUGCUAUUGACACAGAUCAUUGAGGAUCUUGUACGCCUCUGCAAAAGAUCAUUUGAAAUAACCAGUUUAAAAAAAAAGAAAACAUACAGUGAUAACAAUCAUUUAUAUGAUGAAUAGCAAUCAUGUCUUUAAACAUGAAGUUGUUUUUUUUUAAUCUUUAGUUUUGCUCUGAUAUCUAGAUGUUUCCUUGUAACUUUGGUUUCCUAAGUAAAUAUACACCAAGACAUUCAUCUUUGCUCCAUCUGUUGCAUAAAUUUUUCUUGGUGUGCAUUCUGGUUUCCUGUUUGCAAGCACUGGUUUCUACAUUGACUUUUCUCCAAAUUGUAAACAUGAACUUUGGCAAAUUACUAAAGAAAUAGGAGCAACCGAUUUGGGGGAAAUCUGAAUAUGCCUGCAGAAUUGUAUUUUAGGAAUAAAGAGGGCUAUGUAACGGGUCAGUGGUUAAGCUUAUGUGACAGGUUAGUGAAGUGGAAUUUUGAAUUGCUCUUGCUUUUGACCUUAGGUGAGAAUCUUUUAUAACUGUGCAAAGGACUGUGUGAAGUAAUUCCUGGAAAAAGAACUUGAGUUAUGCAUUACAGGCACACCUUGUUUUAUUGCGCUUCACUUUAUCCAUUUCGCAGAUAACUUGUUUUUUACAAAUUGAAGGUUUGUGACAAAACUGCAUUGUUGGAUAAUGGUUAAGAGUUUUUAGCAAUAAAGUAUUUUUUAAUUAA